UUGCACACUGGUCAGUAGUUUUGGUCUGUGACAGCAUCUUACACACUGGGGGAGUAGUGUUGGUCAGUGACAGCAUCUGCAUCGGUCUGCAUUACAACAUGGAAGACAUGCCCCAGUGAUGACGCUCACCAGCUCCUCUGUAGUCGUUGGGCAACCGUUUAGUGGACUUUUGUAAACAAGACAGGAGAGGAUAAGUACUAAAGCGAAAGGACCAGCAGCAGACAUCUUUCAGCGCUCCUACUGGGCCCAACCUCAGUCUGUGCAUGACUCACUUCUCCACAACCACAACGGGCUUCUGCGUGGCAGCGAACAGCCCAGAUUUUCCUGGCGAGGCUUCCUGUGGAAACUUCAGAGAAGAGAGAUGUUGCGAGGACUAUCAAGAAUCUAGCACCCUCUUAAAAAUGUUUUAAAAGUUUUUGAUUUGGAAUGGUGAGCCAUUGACUGUGACUAUUUAAGCGUAUGAGGGGUUAGAUAGAUUAUUUUUCUGUGGGAUGGACUUUUUUGUUUCUCCAGAAAAAUGAAUGUUUUGCUGUGUGGGAUUAACACUGUCUACUGAAUUUAGUGCAUGAGGAUUGACAUUGGUGUUCCAGGAAAUUGAGAUCUGUAAGUCAGUAGGUAGCUGUAUGUUGUGCUGAUACAAGUGAAGUUUUGUAGCUUAAACAUGGAAAUCGAUCCGGCCACUCGUGCAGAUUCUGCCCCUGUGUCCUUCCUUGACAAAUUUGUCACUGUUUUCACACUGCCUGACAGAGUGCAGACUAACGCGACUGAAGAGAAGGUGUUGACGUUUUUCCGGACCCUAUCCGAGAGAGAUCCACGCAUCAGGAAUGUGGACGACCCGGCCAAGACCGUGGGAUGGAGUGAUGAGCCACGGACGACAGAAGAACUUAAAGGAAAAAUGAAAAGGGUGGACAUUACGAGUCAGAAUGGAAACACUAAAACAAUAAGGGAUGAAAUGGAAAGCAGAGAGGUUUUUUUAGAUUCCUCUACGAGGCUAAGUCAACCCCCGAAUCAGCCAAACUCAAACGUAGGGCUGCUUCCAGUGAUGUGCUCUGAGAUGCCUGACAGUUCUGAACUUGCAAACAAGAAAAUGGCUGGCAGGAUGGAAGAUGCAAUGGAGAGUUCCAAAGAGCAACAGCCCAAAUCCCCCAGCGGCACAGUAGGCGAUGAGCAACCAGAGUCUGACCUCACUGUCGAAAAACCUCAUGAAAACCAUAAGGAUUAUUUUGAAACAACUGAUCAGACACGUCAGUUCUGUCCAGAGGUUAAGCAAGAAUUCGUCUCUGGAGUCAAAGAGUCAAAAGAGCUCGGUGAGUUAGCAGACAUCAUCGGUGAAGACCAGACAUCUCUAAAUAUGGACACACAGGAUCUUUCCACAGACCAAAGUCAGAAAAACACCAGUGGCCGAGAGGAAGGCAAUGAUGCAAACAGUGACAAAUUAUCUGGAAGCAGCUCAGAUAAGCAUAUGUUCACAGAUAAAUUUAAUGAGGCCAUUUCUCUGCAAAGAAACACUGAGGAAGUAAAUGUUAUCCAUACUGAAGGAAGAUCAAACAAUCAUCUGAAUGCUUCACUGGUUUGCGUAAAUGUGGCAGAGAACACACACCAGGGUGAACCUUCAAAAAGCAGUCAACCAGGACAAUCUCCUCACGUUGCCGCUCCAAAUCCACCCGUGAACAGCGGGAACGACAAAGCAUCUGCAGAGAGUCAGGACUCAUUUUCUGACUUUAACCAGACCUCUACAAACGAUCAGGAUAGCGGUACAGUCAACACCGUCCUGGAAGUAACUAUGGGCCUAGAGCAACAAGAUGAAUCUGCAAAGGUCCUUUCUACAGACAUUUUAACCUAUACCAGUGAGUUCCCCGGUCAUCUUGGUCCAACCUCUGAGGGGACAGGAGCCUCUACCCCCCAAGUGGUCCAACCAAGUGUUUCAGGAGCUGGAGAUUCAGGGAAUGGAGACAAUAGUGUGGCCUUGCACUCUGACGGUUUGGAUGUAAACACAGGGGCCGAUAAGGACUUUGCUCAGAGGGCGUCUGGGACAUGUCAUCCAUCAGAAGACGAGAGCAACAAGUCUGAGGGCAAAAAAGAAGAGGUGGGAAAAGAUGAGAUAACAGACGUUGAAAAAGGAGAAAAAGACAGUGUGGCCGUAGACAACGCACCCUCCUCCUCCCCCAUUGGUCCCUCAGAGUCACCCACUACGGAAGCUACAUCUUCUCCCCACGAGAAAUCCGUCCAGCUACAGUCCCUCUUCAGCGGGCUCCUCAAGAGAGCAUCGGUAGGCGAGGAGGAGGGGAAAACCGAUGACAAACCCCUGGUCCCCCGAGACCAGAAGACGAAGCCCCUUCGGAGGGGCCUGUUCCCCGAGCAGUCGCCCGCCAGACAGAGCCCAACCAGAGGGGGACCAGGGGAGCUGAGGGGAGGCUUCCUGGAGCAACUCUCCCAGCUGCUGAACCUGGAGAGUAGCAAGGUGGAGGAUGAGACGCCAGAGGACCAGAGACAGGCGGAGGAGAGUCCGACCGGACAGAUGCACAGUGAGAGUGGUAAAGGGGAGCUUAAACAAGGGGAGGAAAAGGAGGAGGAAAAGGAGAAGAAGGGAGAGGAGGAGGGAGAGAUGACAGAGAAGAUGGAGUCACUACCUGCCGCCAAGCCGGUGGAGGAGACUAAGAAACCCACCAGCUCAGAGUCAGCGUUCGACGCCUUCAAGGCCUUCUUCACCCCCAAGCCCAUGAAGAAGCCCACCCUGGACAGAACUGACCUGGAGGCCAUGAAACAGAAGAUGAGGAGCGACAGAGAAAAGCUGAGAGCCAUCUUUGAGAGAAACUCGCCAAAAACAAACUCAAAAGCGGAGGACUCCCCCCUAGCGGAGCAAGAGGAGAGGACUCCUCGGCGCCUGCAGGCCAUCUGGCCUCCGCCAAAGCCCAAAGACGAGGUGGGGCUCAAGUACACAGAAGCAGAACACCAGGCGGCCCUACUGCAGCUGAAGAGAGAGAGCAAAGAAGAGGUUGAGAAGUUACAAGCAGACUUUGAGCUGAAGCUCUUCCGAGUCCGUGGGGAGAACGCAGAGAACGUGUCCCGUCUGGAGGACGAGUUGGCCAAGCUGCAGAGAGACAAAGAUGAGGCCACGCGCGGAGACUUCCGAGACGCAUGCGUGUCCACCGAGGACGACUUCUCACCCAGGACCUUCCGCACCGUUUGCGUCCAGACAGAUAGAGAGACCUUCAUCAAGCCCGCCGAGGAGGAGGAGGGUCGAAGCGUCAGUCAGAACACCAAUAUCAGCGUUCCCAAGAAACUCAACCUCACUUCACUAACUCUUGGCCUAUCUGGGAAAACUGAGCCAGCUUCAGCACAAGAACCCCCUGCUCUGCCUUCUCUCCACCAAUCAGACUGCUCGACCACAUCAUCAUCAUCACCCAUGAUGUCGCCAGGUUCCACAGACUUGACCCCACCUCCGGCGCCUCCACUUCCUGGUUCUCUGACGUCCACUUCAUGUGCAGAAGCUCCUCAGGCACCUGGCGGGCCCCCCAUCCCACCUCCACCUCCGCCACCUGUGCCUUCAUGUGGUCCCCCCCCAGCACCACCUCCUCCGCCUUCCCACGGCGGCAGUCCUCUGCCUCCCCCACCUCCCCCAGGAGUUGGUUUCGCCCUGAGCUCACCUCUGAAGAAGCCCCCCAGGAAGCCCGCUUUCGAACCUUCCUGUCCCAUGAAGCCUCUCUACUGGACGAGGAUUCAAAUUCAAGACAACAACGAUGACACGCUGUGGAGUUCUCUGGAGGAGCCAUCCAUCGUUGACCCCUUUGAGUUUGAGGACCUGUUUGCCAAAGCUACGCUGCAGACCAAGCGGAAGCCUCUCUCCGAGGCCUACGAGCGGAGAAGCAAGGCCAAGAAGAUCAUCAAGCUCUUGGACAGCAAGCGCUCCCAAGCCGUUGGUAUCUUCAUCUCAAGCCUUCAUCUAGAAAUGAAGGACAUCAAGCAAGCUGUUCUGACUGUGGACAACUCUGUGGUGGAUCUGGAGACCCUCGAGGCUUUGUAUGAAAAUAGGGCUCAGCCAGGAGAGUUGGAGCAGCUGAAGAAACACUAUGAGACGUCAGAGGAGGAGCAAAUCAAGCUGCUGGACAAGCCAGAACAGUUCCUGUAUGAGCUCUCUCAGAUCCCUGAUUUCUCUGGCCGAGCUCGCUGCCUCAUUUUUCAGUCUGUGUUCGCAGACAGCAUCGCCUCCAUCAGGCGCAAAGUGGAGAUUGUUUCUCGGGUCUGCAAGGGUCUUCUGGAGGAAGGGAGUGUGCGUGACGUGAUCGGGCUCGUUCUGGCGCUGGGGAACUACAUGAACGGGGGCAGCAGGACCCGAGGCCAGGCGGACGGCUUCGGCCUGGAGAUCCUGCCCAAGCUCAAGGACGUCAAGAGCAGGGACAACCGUAUCAGCCUGGUGGACUACGUCGUGUCCUACUACCUCCGCAACCUUGACGAGAAUGCUGGCACCGAUAAGAGUGUUUUCCCGUUGCCUGAGCCCCAAGAUGUCUUUCUGGCCGCGCAAGUCAAAUUUGAGGACCUGUUCAAAGACCUACGCAAGCUUAGGAAAGACCUCUCAGUGUGUGAACAAGAUGUCCAAAGGGUGUGUUCCAGUUCCUCCGAGGAGCACCUUCACCCAUUCAAGGAGAAGAUGGAGGGUUUUAUUUCACAUGCACAACAAGAUCAUGGUGCAACUGAACAUCAGUUGAUUUGUGCACAGAAAAGCUUCCAUGACUUGGUGGUGUACCUUGGGGUGAAGCCCAAGUCUGGCGAGAAAGAGGUAAUGCCGGGCCAGGUCUUCAUGCUCUGGUUUGAGUUCUGUGGUGAUUUCAAGACACGCUGGAAACGAGAGAGCAAGAACAUCUCCAGGGAAAGGCUAAUAGAGGCCCAGCAAUGUGUCAAAAACAUCACUGGAGAAAAGAAGGUGGAAACGAGAAAGGUCCACGCUAACAGCCUGAAAGAAAGGUUACGCCAGAAAGAGGCCAGCCUGGGUGCCAGCUAAGACCCAGCGAGCGAGAGAGGACAACAGGAACAGAACCUAGAAUGCACCGGACCCUGAGUCUGCGUCUGCAUUGUCAUACUACUGCUUGACCUCCAGUCACUCUCUGGAGGUCUGUGGUACCUCAGUCCACCAAACCUGGGCAUCAGCAUAAGGACAUAUGAUGGGGAAUUGGGACUCUCUGAAUGGCAGACAGACAGGCUGCUGCUGACACUUUAAGGAGAGAGCAGGCGAAGGCCUUGAGCCUACCAGAGUGAGCACUUUAACAUGGACUUUUAUUGGCAUUUGUGACUAAUCAUUUAGGAUUGAAAGUCACAUCAAACAGAUGGAAACUACUGAUUGUAAAAUAUGAAAAUUGUUGCACAGGCAGUGAGUUAUAGUGGUCACCGUGCCACGGGCAGUAUGCAUCAAGUAAUGAACAAGUCUCAUUCUAAAUCAUCUCUUCCCGCAUUAAUACUAAAAAUGUAACUGAAUUGUAAUACUCUAUUUGAAAUAUUGAGUGUUUUAUAUGUUUUAUUUCUAGUGUACAGUCUACACUUUUUCUGUAUAUUUAAAAAUGAAAUUAAUAAUGUGUACAGCAUUGUACUGUCUGAAUGCUGAAUACUUGCAUUCUGUACAAAGUAGCCUUCAAUUCUUCAACCAUCAUGUAGGGUAAUGUAAACUAAUACUGAUCAACCUAAUACUUUUUCUGUGAUCAUGGCGACAUUUCUCAUGUCUGACAGUUACAUAUUUGACAUGUUUGAAAACUAUUACAUGAAUGUUCUAAAAUAUAAAUUCCUCUUUUAACUAA